GUCAUAACCUUCGACAAAUUUCGUUUGAUACGGGUGGUAGGUACGGAAUGACUAAUAGCAGGAACAGUAAAAACGUAGAAUCGCGGCCCGUGUCAGCUGAUACGACCUAUCUCUUAGGAUGCCGUAGGAAUCCACGGCAUUUGAAUUUUUGCCGUGGAAAGGUGUUUGCUGAUUGCUCUCUCACAACGCAGGGUUGCCAAUAUCGAUAUACUGUAGUAAUUAUAAAAGUUGUCUUCAAUAUGUUUGGAAUUUUCUUAAAAUAACUGAAAAUAAGAGUCGAUUGCUAUUAUUUAUAAAUAUAUAAACUAUUUUCAAUAGUUUGUUUUCAGUUUUGAUAUUUUAUAUUAUAAAAAAUUGUAAUUGAAAACAUAGAUGUGUAUUGAGCAAUGGCAACAUUGUUCAAAUGUAAACAAGCGCCAUUAAAACAAACGUCAAAUGAAAAAUUUAUUGGAUUUAUUCAAAAAGGAAAAUACGUGUGUGCAAAUAAAUAAACUAUGGACGACGAAAAAUUAAUAGCUUUAGUUCAGACUAAAAAUGAACUAUUUAACAAGAGCAGUCCAUACUACAAACUGCAAUCCAGGAAGUAUGCUUUGUGGAAAGAAAUCGGAAGAGAAUUGAACGCAAGUGGACAAAUGUGUCGCCGUAGAUGGCUAACACUUCGGUGCCGGUACGGGAGGGAAGUGCGAAAGGCUAACGCCCCAUCAGGCAGCGGGAUGGAGUUCAAAAGUCAGUGGCAUUUGUUAGAGGCUAUGAAGUUCCUGAAGACACAUAUUGUACCACGACCGGUUAGAUGCUCACAAAUUAUUUGUGAAACCGCUGUCGGUGAUCAGGGUGAGUUGCAAUCACCAGCUGAAGAAACUCAAUUGCAGACACAAGGACAUGCGCACGAGUCGGAAGUGCCAUCACCGUUAUGGCCCUUGUCGCCAUUAAGCCCAAUUACAAUAUCGCUGCCGUCGCCAUCGCCUCCUUUCCCAGUGGCGCAAAGCGUAGUGGAGAAACGAUCUACGCAGGUGGCUACCAAAAAGGGUAGAAAACGAGGGUCAUCUGUGUCAUCUACUAGCGAGGUUGAGCAGAAAAUGAUUGAAGCCAUCGAACUUUACAAAAAUAGAUGGUCAUCAACGCAGCCAACUCAGCAAACCGAACAACAACAAUCCGCAAACCCGGCUGUGCAGUCAUUCUGCAAUUUAAUGGUUUCCAUUUUAAAUAAAAUGGACGAAGAAAAACAAGCUAGGGCAAUAGAGAAAAUGUUGCAAACUGCAUUUGAAGUGCAGAGAGAAUCAUAAAAUUAAAUAAAAUGUAAAAUGAAUUUAAUAUAUAGUAUAUAAUUUAAUAGA